CCGCUCAACGUCUCCAUCCGUUACAACUUCCAAAUCGCAGAGUUUGUCAAAGAAGUGGAAGAAGUCUUUACAGAUACCCCAAAACGUGUUCACCUAACCUGGUAUCAGGUGUUUGAUCAAAGUCGAAGCACAGCAUUUUGUUUUUCAUGUUUUAAUGGCUUUGAAGUUUAGUUCUGUGUUGGGUGGUGCUGUUUCCCAGUUGGGUUGGGAAGAUUUGGGCUCCAAGCCUUCUGGGGUGGUCUGCAAUUGGGGUAAGGGCACUGCGGAGACUCCCAGUGUGGUUUUUUGGGGCUUGUCGACUCACCGGGGGAUAAAGUCGUUGGAUGAUGGGAACCCGUCAAAUCCGGGAACUGAAUUUCAGGGGAUUGUUGAUAAGGUGGAUAACAAUGACUCCGGGAGAAUACUCAGGGAUCUGGCAUCAUUUCCAAAACCAUUAUCUGUCACUGAUAUUUCUGCCGCUCCCAAGGAUGGUACGAAGGUGCGCAUUUCAUAUAAGGGUGUGCCAGGCGCAUAUAGUGAGGACGCUGCCCUCAAAGCUUACCCUCAUUGUGAAACUGUUCCUUGUGAUGAGUUUGAAGAUGCAUUCAAGGCUGUUGAAUUGUGGUUGGCUGAAAAAGCAGUUCUUCCCAUUGAGAAUUCUUUAGGUGGAAGCAUCCAUCGUAACUAUGAUUUACUCCUUCGUCAUAGGCUGCACAUUGUGGGUGAGGUGCAGUUGGCUGUUAACCUCUGCCUCCUAGCUAUACCAGGGGUGGGAAUUGAUCAGCUAAGACGUGUUCUAAGCCAUCCUCAGGCACUCGCCCAGAGUGAUAUCAUCCUGAGUAAGUUAGGUGUUUCCAGAGAAAAUGUUGAUGAUUCAGCUGGUGCUGCUCAGUAUGUAGCCUCACAUGGCCUGAGCGAUGCUGGUGUUGUUGCAAGUGCUCGAGCAGCAGAAAUCUAUGGGCUUAACAUACUUGCAGAAAGAAUCCAGGAUGAUUUUGAUAACAUUACUCGUUAUCUGGUCCUUGCAAGGGAUCCUAUAAUUCCAAGAACCAAUAAGCUCUUUAAGACAAGCAUUGUGUUUACUUUGGAAGAAGGCCCUGGAGUAUUAUUUAAAGCCUUGGCGGUCUUUGCCUUGAGAGACAUUAAUUUGACAAAGAUUGAAAGCCGGCCACAGAGGAAGAAACCAUUAAGGGUAGUUGAUGACUCCAACACUGGAAGUGCCAAGUAUUUUGACUACCUCUUUUAUAUUGAUUUUGAGGCUUCUAUGGCUGAGCCCCGUGCACAGACAGCUUUGGCGCAUCUUCAGGAGUUUGCCACAUUUCUCCGUGUACUUGGUUGCUAUCCUAUGGAUUCCUUUCCUUAGCAAUCAUGAUCUUGAUGCCAGUCCUCCCAUAAUAAAACUUAUCCUGCUCAACCCAGUAGGGAAGGGAGUUCAUCCAGAAUUUUGGGAUGGCCUGCUGUCCAAAGCUUGUAUACAUACUAUGUUAUUUGAUGAUGCUGGAUCUUGGAUAUCCUGCAGGUCACUGUAUUUGGUUGUCAAAAACACUUCAAAGAUGGAUUUUGGGACCCAUUGGGUUGUACCCUUAUAAGAUAGAAAGAUUCUAGCUUGCUUGAUACAGUAUUGGGCAAUUGUUCUAGUACAGACAGGCACAACUGCCCGCACAUUAGACUGUUGGACAGGCAAUUGUUCUAGUACAGAGAUUAUUGUUUCUUUGAUAUAUGAAUGGCCAAAGUUUCCGUUCACUGGAUGA